ACAGCACGCACAACUCCACAUAAGGCCCCUGCCCACAGUCCAGCGGCACGACACGCCAUGGCCUCGAAAGAACCGCCAUUGUUUGGCCCAGUGGGUAAGGAGGGCGAUAUCGAUGGCUUCGCCAUGGCUGCAAUCGAUUGGGAGGCGGGCGUGUUGGACACUCUGGAAGCGAAGCUAAAGCGAUUGCUUCCCGCAGCACGAGAAGAAGCACCCACAGAAGAAACCACCGCCGGGGCAACCGCCGCCACCCCCGCGGAGGCAGAGAGAGCGCACCUCAUGGAAGAGCUCGAUAGGCUUGGCGAGGAAAAGGAGAAGCUCAGGGAGAAGAAGCUCGCCCUACUGCGGCAGCAGCAAUCUCCAAAGAGCUCAGGCGAUGGUGUGGCUGUGGAGGAUCUGACGAUCGAAGAUGUUGAAGAGAUCACGAUGCGACUCGACGAGGGUGUUUCGACGGAGAGCAGCGGAGGGCCAAGAGUGGUUGUGGACUAUCUCCGCUUUCCGGCGGCAGGGGUGGAGGCGGAGGCAUCGACGUUCGUGCUGCCGGAUCCCCCGUCCCCGUGCGCGGCGGCGGUGGGGGCGGUGGUGCUCGAAUCUUUGAUGAUUUCUCGGCCCUCGAUGGACUCCCUCCCUGGGCUGAUCUCGCCGUCGGAAGAAGAGAUGCUCGCCGCGUUCUCGUACGACGACUUCUCCCCCUCCCCGUACACCACGAGUUCUCCCCCGGCGUCGCCCCCUUCCCCUGCCCACGCCGACGAUACCGCGGAAGCAGGCGAAGACCCGUGGCCAGAUCGUGACGGCGAUGGCAUGGACUCGCCGCCUCUGAAAGCGGACACGACGUCGGUGGACGCUGCUACGGAAGCAGGAUCUUCGAUCUCGUCGUCCUCAGUGUCCGACAACGACUUGGACCACGUACUGCCCGCCCCUUGCCUUCCCCCGUCACCGGCUUCUGCAAGGGAAGUUUCUCCAGAUGAAGCAGUUGUGACUUACCAUGCGCGAUGUCAAGCAUAGGGCCGCGCACGACCCGGGGCUGCCCCUGACGGAGGAACAAGAACUCAGUCCGCCAAUGAUUUGUGGGGGGUUUUCGACAGGUGGCAGAUGGAGCGAAUGACCCUGGCGGCCGGGGUCAAGGUCGGAGGUGCUUAACACUACAGUAGCUGGGCGAUGUACGCCUGGACUUGAUAACAACUUGAGUGAUUUACUCACGCAGCCGGGGGGAUCUGUCAUCAUGAUCAUCGAAUUUCUGCACCUUCGAACCCGCGCGGGCGGGUGGGAUAGACGUGUUCUAUCGCAUCAGAUUUCAUUUUUUUCGCCGGCGGUGCUUCGGGCAAGGAGCCUGUACUGUCCGAAGUGGAUCGGAUUUCACGGCAGGAUCGCUUCAACGAAGUUGAAGCUUGCCAUAGUGUUUUGAAUCGGGCGGCGAAGCUAUGCGUUCGUCCGUCAAUAUGUAUUUAUGUGUGCACGUUGCGUUACAUUAUUUAUGAAUGUUUUGUUUUAGGAUACUGCCGAACGUCUGCAGGCUUGAGUUGAAGGUGGUUGUACAUGGUGUAUUUCCUGGGUAGUAUACGUUGCCACUCACCGUUCAUGUGCCGGAGCGCUCAUAUGAAUCAUCUUCACCCCACAAAAGUAGGACCAGAGCAUUACGAAAGAAACCAAGAGAAGUGGCAUAAGGGAAUGAGGUUCGGUUACCGGCACCACACUUGAUCCGAUAGGGUAGAGUGGCUUAAAAAAGUCCAUGUGCUCAUCCGAUUGAGACAUUGUAUGGGUUUGAGUCGUGCUGAAAAACAUUGUGCUUCUUUUGAUGGGGCGGGCACUAUUGUGCUUUGCCGAAAAGAAAACGAAACCGUUUUUUUUUCUGGAUUUCGCUCCGGUACCAUAUUGACGUGUGCUGGAUGGACGUGCGUGAAAGUCGAGUGAUUUAGAUCAAACCGGGAACAUUGUUUUUAUGCAUGUGUGUAUGUAUCUGCGUAUCUGGAAGUGUUUUCAGAGGUAACUGCACGACGGGUGCAUGCUUGUGCUUGGAAGUUGAGACCUCGUCAGGUAGUUGGUUUGAAAAGUUUGCGAGAAUGUUCUAUCUGUGAGAGCGGAGGUCGAAUAUUUCGUUGUAGUCUGUACAGCACUGCUUUGGACGGCACGAACAUGUCAGCGCCUACUGCUUGUGUCACAUGUGUCGCAGACUUCGUUUUUUUAGGGGAAGGGGGGGGGGGGCAUUACACCACUCGUCACACAUCGCGCCCGCCGGUCUCGUGGUGGGUGAGAGCGGUCUGAUAAAUAUACAAAGGCAAACAAAACGUCCGACCGAGGUGGGAGAUAACCUACCUCCCCGAUUACCAUGGAUCCGAUCCGAUCCGAAGUAUGUAGGCAGUCGAACGAAGAGUUGAACCCGAACCAACACCUUUUUUUUGUUGGGAAAUGGCCAAGUAGAACAUGAUGGUGAUUGUGUGUGGAGACGUGAACGAAGGGGCUCGUUGGGCUUGUGUUUCCGCCUGCAGCUAUCAGAGCUCAUUAGAACGUAGAGGGACAGAGAGGGGGCAACGAAUAAAAGGUUCUUCCGUGGUCAUCUGCUGGAAAUUGUUCAGUGUAAUGCUCCAUCAGAAAAGCGC